AUGGCCACAACCCAGCUUAUCACUAUCCAGGCUACGGAUGGGCAGCUCCUUGUGUUGACCCUGUUGCUGCCACCGAAAGUAUUGCACCAUCCACUCCUCCAGCCGUUCAAGAUCAACAAAAGAGCCUUGACUUUCCGUGGUUCCUCCUGGAAUGCAACACAAACUAAAGAUCUCUCAGAGAGGCUUCAGUAUCUGUUUGACAAUGUUUCUCAGCUCAUUGAAAAGGGCACCCCCAUAGAUGUCUGCACCAUGGUCUCUCGAAAGGAGUGGGGAGCAGAAACUGUUGACUGCAGCACCCACCUGACAAUGCCAGUGGACUUCCUUGUCAUACACCACAUCCCUCGACUGGAGUGUCACGAUCAGAUAGUCUGCAGUCAGAGGCUGCGAGAGCUGCAGGCCCACCACAUCCACAACAACAGCUGGUGCGAUGUGGCCUACAACUUCCUGGUUGGGGAUGAUGGCAGGGUAUAUGAAGGUAUUGGCUGGAAAGUCCAAGGCUGGCACACCCAAGGCUACAGAAAUAUCUCUCUGGGCUUUGCUUUCUUUGGCACCAAAGAAGGCCACAGUCCCAAACUUGCUGCCCUGUCAGCCAUGGAGGGCCUAAUCUCUUACGCUGUCCAGAAGGGCCACCUGUCAUCCAGGUACUCUCAGCCACUUCUUGUAAAAGAAGAGAACUGCCUGGUGUCUCCACAGAAGGAAGGUUCAAAGAAAGCUUGCCCCAGUGUUGUUAUGCGGUCUGAUUGGGAGGCCAGGGAGUCCCAUUGUGCCAAGAUGAACCUCCCAUCUAAGUAUGUUAUCAUCAUCCACACCUCUGGGCGGACCUGCAAUGUGUCUGAUAUGUGCCGCCGGCUGGUCAGAGAUAUCCAGUCCCACUUCAUGGACAGACUCGACUCAUGCGACACUGGGUAUAACUUCCUCGUGGGCCAGGAUGGUGUCAUCUAUGAAGGGACAGGCUGGAAUGUCCAAGGCUCUCACACUGCUGGCUACAAUGACAUUGCCCUGGGAAUUGCCUUCAUGGGUACCUUCACAGGAACUGCACCAAAUGCUGCAGCACUGGAGGCUGCCCAGAGCCUGAUCCAGUGUGCUGUGGACAAGGGAUAUUUGACUCCCAACUACCUGCUGGUGGGACAGAGUGAUGUUGAGAACACCCUGUCUCCUGGGAAGGCUUUGUACAACAUCGUUAAGACCUGGCCUCAUUUCAAGCACUGAGGAAGGCCAUGCUCCUUCUAGCAUUGCUCCCCUCGACUACUGGAGCUCCCUAUCCUCUCUCUCACCCUGCUGUGUGCCCUCUCCCCACCAGCCCC